GAGCAACCCCUCUCCUCCUGCCCUCUGGUGGACCAUGGGUGUGAUCCUCCCUCACUCCCUCUCGCCCCCUACAGACUCAUUUGUGAAUAGCCAGGAGUGGACUUUGAGUCGCUCGGUGCCAGAGCUUAAAGUGGGGAUUGUGGGUAACCUGUCCAGCGGGAAGUCAGCUUUGGUGCAUCGCUACCUCACAGGGACCUACGUGCAGGAGGAAUCCCCAGAAGGCGGCCGAUUCAAGAAGGAGAUUGUGGUGGACGGGCAGAGUUACCUCUUGCUGAUUCGCGAUGAAGGGGGACCCCCCGAGCUGCAAUUCGCCGCCUGGGUGGACGCAGUGGUCUUUGUCUUCAGCCUGGAGGAUGAGAUCAGCUUCCAAACGGUGUACAACUAUUAUCUGCGCCUCUGCAGUUACCGGAACACUUCGGAGGUGCCCAUGGUGCUUGUGGGCACGCAAGAUGCCAUCAGUGCCACCAACCCCCGGGUGAUUGAUGACUCCCGAGCCAGGAAGCUCUCCAAUGACUUGAAGCGUUGCACCUACUACGAGACGUGCGCUACCUAUGGGCUGAACGUGGAACGCGUCUUCCAGGAUGUGGCACAGAAGGUGGUGGCCUUACGGAAGAAGCAGCAGCUCUCCAUUGGGCCCUGCAAGUCACUGCCCAAUUCACCCAGCCACUCCUCUGUCUCGGCCGCCUCCGUGCCCGCCGUCCACAUCAACCAGGCUGCCAAUGGGGGUGGGGCCUUCAGCGACUACUCGUCCUCAGUGCCCUCCACGCCCAGCAUCAGCCAGCGGGAGCUGCGGAUCGAGACCAUCGCGGCCUCCAACACCCCCACCCCCAUCCGCAAGCAGUCCAAACGCCGGUCCAACAUCUUCACAUCUCGGAAAGGUCCCGAUAUCGAGCGGAAGCCCCCCGAGAGUAAGGCGGACACGAUUGGCAGCGGGCGGGCCAUUCCCAUUAAGCAGGGAGUGCUCCUGAAACGCAGUGGGAAGUCGCUGAACAAGGAGUGGAAGAAGAAAUAUGUGACCCUCUGUGACAACGGAGUCCUCACCUACCACCCCAGCCUCCACGACUACAUGCAGAAUGUCCACGGGAAGGAGAUCGAUUUGCUGAGGACUACGGUAAAAGUGCCUGGCAAGAGGCUCCCCCGGGCGGCCACUGCCACCGCCCCCUCUGCCCCCAGUGCCAGCCCCAAGACCAACGGCUUGGCCAAGGAGAGGAGCGCCCUGCCCUUCCCCGGCGGAUCCAGUGCCCCCCAUUCGGCCAGCAGCACGUCCCUGCACUCGGAGCGCUCGGGUAGCGGCACCAACCUGGGCGCCUUCAGCCUGAAGCCGGAAGGCAGCGGCAUUCACCAGCGGUCCUACUCGGUCUCCAGCGCCGACCAGUGGAGUGAAGCAGUUUCGAUGCCCGGCAGCACGGCCAGCGCGGCCAACGGUGCCAGCGACUCCCUCACUUCUAGCCCCAACGUCUCCAGCACUGCCAGCCCCAAGCUCGAGCCGCCACCCUCCCCUCAUGCCAACCGGAAGAAACACCGUCGGAAAAAGAGCACGGGUACGGGCCGACCUGAUGGGGCGGGCACCGUAGCUGAAGACCAAGAGGAGAGCUUCGAGUUCAUUGUGGUCUCCCUGACGGGACAGACGUGGCUCUUUGAGGCCUCCACGGCCGAGGAACGGGAGCUCUGGGUGCAAGCCAUCGAGAGCCAGAUCCUGGCCAGCCUGCAGGGCUGCGAGAGCAGCAAGCACAAGUCGCGGCUGGGCAGCCACAGCGAUGCGGUCGCCCUCCAGUCCAUCCGCACCGUCCGAGGCAACGGCUUCUGCGUAGACUGCGAUGCGGCCAAUCCUGACUGGGCCAGCCUGAACCUGGGGGCGCUCAUUUGCAUCGAGUGCUCCGGCAUCCACCGCCACCUGGGCACACACCUGUCACGCGUCCGUUCCCUGGACCUGGAUGACUGGCCGCUGGAGCUGGUGACGGUGAUGACGGCCAUCGGGAACGCCCUAGCCAACUCGGUCUGGGAAGGUGCCACCAAGAACUACCCCAAGCCGGGCCCGGAGAGCUGCAGGGAAGAGAAGGAACGCUGGAUCCGUGCCAAGUACGAGCAGAAGAUCUUCCUGGCACCGCUGCCCCACUCAGACGUGCCCCUCGGCCAGCAGUUGCUGCGGGCAGUGGUGGAGGAUGACCUGCGGACAGUGGUUCUGCUCUUGGCCCACGGCUCCAAGGAGGAGGUGAACGAGACCUAUGGUGAUGGAGAUGGGCGGACAGCACUGCACCUGUCCUGCGCCAUGGCCAACGUGGUCUUCACCCAGUUGCUCAUUUGGUACGGCGUGGAUGUGAAGAGCCGGGACGCCCGCGGCCUGACACCACUUGGCUACGCGCGCCGCGCUGGCAGCCAGGAGUGCGUGGAGAUGCUGCUGCAGCACGGCUGCCCUGGCGAGGCCCCCGUGGGCAGCCUCACCCCAAGCCUUCCACGCCGGAACCUCAACAACAACGCCUCUGGCACGCCGCUCUCCGAGCCGGGCUGCCUCGUGCGGGGCCCAAGUCCCUGAGAUGUCAGCGGGUCCCCGAUCCAUGGCUCUCAACAGGCAGACCACAGCAGUCGUCCUCCCUUCCCCCCACCCUGCGGAUCCCUCGCCAUGCUUUGGGGGCCCAGAGAGACUAGAGCUUCUUGAAAGGGAUGGGUUACUCACCCCCCCACAAGAGAAAGGGCACUUGGACUCCACUGGGGGUGCUGAGAAGGAGACCCUUUGUCUCCCCCUAUCCCUCCUCCCACCCCCACCCGGGGGUCAACUUCCCACUCUGCUUCUCCCAGGACCUGCUGCAGUUCCUCAGCCUGAUGUGAGGACUGGGGGGGGGGACAGAAUGGGGGCUGUUACGAUGCUGGCUCUCGGCUCCCCCCCCAGCCCCGUUUCAAGUCACUUGUGUAUAAAGUGUACAUUGGAAAUAUUUAUAUGACAGUCUGUACAUAAGGUUUGCUGCCCUGUUUGUGUGUCUCUGAGUGGAAGUGUGAGAGUAUGGUUCCCCCCCACCCCAGCAGAGAAGCUGCGAAAUAAAGAAACUGCUUCACCCCAGGUCCCACUC